AUGAUCAUACAGGAGAUUUUAACAGAUAACAUACCCUGGGAUGGCUUAGAUGGCUCAGUUAUUAAAAGAGCCAUAGUCGUGGGAAAUUAUUUGGAAGCUGACUUCAGGCUUCCAAAACCUUACUAUGAUAUUGUUAAGUCAGGCAUCCAGGUCAGACAGAAAGACCGAACUCUGAACCUUCAAGAUAUCCAGUAUAUCCUGAAGAAUGACCUAAAGGAAUUGAUUGGAGCCCAGAGAACUCAGCCAACUGAGAGCCCCAGGGUGCAGAGAUAUGAUCGCCAUCCUGAUGUCGGUGUCUAUCUAGGACUGACUUCAGAACAUCUGAAAGAGAACCCUGACUUGGAAAUAAAAGAGCUGAAGGAAGCGGGCAGUCAGCUGCAUUCACCAAGGAAUCCCAGCGAGAAGGCCACACCAGAUCCUCAGGUCCCAGGUCCCAGUCUGAUGACCAAGGAGGCUCAGAGGCAAGAUGCUGCUCCUCCUGCUUGCUUUGUGGCCAGGAGCCCCAGCUCAGGGCC